AUGCCGAACAUCCAGAACAACGCCUUCAAACAAAACCGCUAUAGUAACACGCACAAGAUCCCGUACCCUGUCGUGCCGCGCCGCUCCACUCACUCGAUGCUCGCUCCUGUACAAUGUAGACCACAAGUCAAGGACUAUCCUGGUUUUGAGAGGUAUCUCAAGAUCACAGCCCUAGGCCUGCACGCCGAGCACCGGAAGGGAUGCAAAGCCAACUACGUUCGUUUCUGGAAGCACCACGGCGACGAGCAGAAGUUGAGGCACCCUCUCGCUUUCCUGCUUCGGCCUGCUUUCGACCCUGCUGUCUAUAAGACGGCUGCUCUACCUCACUGCGGUCUUUAG